AUGACAAAACCAGAAUAUUCCAUAUACCCAUGGGACAAGACAUACGAUUGGUGCUCAAGCUGUGGAAAGACAUAUGACGACCAUCAAUUUAUUUCAUUUUCCUUGCGUGAAAAGAAAUUUAAGAUUCAUGGUUAUUACAUAAGAGUCGGUUGCUGCAAUGAAGGAUGCUGUUGCGAAGAUAACUAUUACUCAUGCAUUGAUUGCUGCUUAUAUUCAUGGGCCCUUCAGAUUUCUAAUGAUAAUCAAACAUGGCAAAACCUUCAUAUCGUCGAAAAGGAGCAAAACAUGAGAAAAUGCAAAGAUAGAUCAUAUGACUUCGACAAGGAAUACAUUACGAAAUAUAUCAGAUUUGAACAAACUCAGCCAUGCCCUGGAUAUCCUUCUUGCCUUUCAAUUAAUAGAAUUGAAUUUUAUGGCGAAGUCGUUAGUGAAGAUUCAACCAACGAAGACGUAUUCAGUCAAAAUGAGGAAGAUGAUGUAAGUAUCAUAGGUCAUUUCUCAAAGAGCUAA